AUGAGUCAGCCAGGCGCUGGUCCAAUAACUGAUCAAGAAUACAAUAAUAUUCUAAAUUAUAUCAACUCUUUGCGGCUUAGUGAUUUGAAACUGGUAGCUAGAGCUCUUUCCGUUGCACAAGCUGGUAGGAAAGCUGAUGUUUCUGAUAGAAUUAAAAGAUAUUUACAAAUUGGUAAAGAAAGUGGUGAUGUAAAUAGAGUACGAGCCAUUGGGAAAAUAGUGGAAAUUGCAUUUAGACAAGAAAAUGUACCAAAUUAUGAAACCGUUUAUGGUUCAUUAAAUUUAAUGAGUCCAAGAUCAUCUCAAUCUAAUUCAAAUCAACAAUUUAAUACAUCACAAGAUUCACUACCCAGAUCCCAAACUAAUCCAAGGAAACCAUGGUUAUUUUUCAAAGAAAAUCCAUUUUUCGUUUUGAAAAAAUUAGUUACUCCAAAUGCUGGUGUUUGUUUAAAAGCUCCAAAUUCAAGAGGUACAGGUCAUGUAUCAUUUCAAUUAAGUGAACAAGAUUGUGAAUUAUUAAAACAAUCUUCUAAAUUUAAACUUUUUUUACUUUGUGGUGCUUAUGAUAAAAAUAAACCUUCAACUGAUACUGUGGUUGAAUUCCCACAACCACUGGAAAUUCAUUUUAAUGGAGUUCAAAUAAAAGAUAAUGUUAAAGGAUUGAAAAAUAAACCAGGUACUGCAAGACCUGCUAAUUUAACACCACAUAUUUCACCUCCAAAACAUCAAAAUUCACUGAAUAUGGUUUAUGCUUUCACUAAGACUGAUUAUUUAAUUUUUUGUUAUUUAAUUGAAGAAGUUUCACCUGAUAAAAUUUUACAAAAAAUUCUAUCAAAUCCUCAUAUUGUUAAAGAGAAAACUUUAAAAGAUUUCCAAAAUGAAGGUGAUGAUGAUGAUAUUCAAGAAGUUUCAACAAGAUUAUCAUUAAAAUGUCCAUUAUCAUUCACAAGAUUUAAAUAUCCAGCUAAAUCAAUCGCAUGUAAACAUGUUCCAUGUUUUGAUGCUUUAUCAUUUAUUUAUUUACAAGAACAAGCAUCAACUUGGACUUGUCCAGUUUGUUCAAUACCUGUAAAAGUUAAAGAUAUUGCAAUAGAUGAUUAUGUCAUGGAGAUUAUGAAAAAUACAAGUGAAGAUGUUGAAACUGUUGAAAUUGAUUUAGAUGGUUCUUGGAAACCAAUUUAUGAAGAAGAUGAAGGUCCAAACCAUAAAAAACAAUCACAAGGUCCAGGAUCAGCUUCACCAAAUGAUCAUAUUAAACAAGAAUCUAAAAAUGCUUCAAAAGCUCCAACUCCUGCUAAUGAACCAGAAAUUAUUUCUCUAGAUAGUGAUGAAGAUGAAGAUGAACAACCAACACCAGUAUCAGUUCCAACUCCAGGUCCUCAACAUAGACCUGUACCAGAGGCACAGCCAGCUCCACAACCAGCUCCACAAUCACAGGUUCCACCAUCAACAACACCAAAUAAUAUAAAUAAUAAUCAAGCUCAACAACAACAAGGUGCACAUCAUAACGUUCAACAGCAUCAACAUCAACAACAACAACAACCUCAUCAACAGCAAGCACCUCAACAGCACCACCAAGGAACACCGUCCCAAGGUCCUCAACUUCAGACAUUUCAACAUCAUGUACCUCAACAACAACAACAUCAACAGCCUCAACAACAGAGUCAAUUAUCUCAUCAGAAUGCUCAACAACAACAUCAAGCUCCACGAUCUCAAGCUCCUCAGCUUCAAACGUUUCAACAUGCGGGACCUCAACAACCUCAACAGCAACAUCAACAACAGCAAGUACCUCAACAACAUCAAGUACCUCAGCAUUCUCAACAGCCUUUUCGAGCUCAAGUAGGUGAAGCUCCUGCACAAGCUCAACAUCAACAUCAACAAACUCAACGUCCUGCGCAGACUGUUCAACCUGCUCAAUCUACUCAACCUGGUGAAUCUCAGCUUCAACAUCAAAAUAAUAUAACAUCUAGAGUUAUUCAGGCUCCUACAGGUAAUUCUACACACCAGAAUAAUGUUGUCUCAAAUAAUAAUAAUAAUGGGAACCAAAGCCCCAAUAAUCAAUCCAAUGCAUCAAGGAUAUUACCACAACCACAAUCAGAUAUUCAAUCACAACAGUUACCACCAUCAGUUCAACCUUCUGCUCAACAACGUCAAUUUGAUAUACUGAGCCAUUCACUUCCUCAAAAUCAAGUUCCCUUAUCACCUCAAUCACCUUCUAAUAUUAAUUCACCACAACAAGCCCCUGUACCAUCAACUGUUUUUAGAGUUCAAAGUAAUCCUCAACACACUCAACAGCAACACAAUCCAUUGAUAAGAAAGGCACCACCUCAAUCACCACCAUUGCAAAAUAACGCUGCUACUAUAAAUAAUACUUCAUUAUCAUCUCCAUUAGCUCAUAACACUGAAACUGCUCCAGCUCAAUCAACUACACAAUCGGGAUCUCCAGGAUCAAGUGGUCAAGCUUCAACCAAUAAUGUUAACUCUCCACUGAAUCAAGCUCCACAAGUGAAUAACAAUGCUCAAAUACAAAGGAAUGGUGAUAGUUCAUCAUCAGCAGCAUCUCCAUUGAACGCUCAAAAUUCACCGGUUCAAACUACUACUUCAACUUCACCUCAAAUUUCUGCACCUCGACAACCUACAAGACCACUGGACAUUUAUGAACAAGAAAUGAAAGAACUUGAACAGUUGAAACAAAGAAUCCAUAGAGCUGGUAGAACUCCAAUUUCAAGACCUAGUCCAUCUUUACCACCAGCUUUACCACCUCAUCAAAGAUUUGAUAGAUUAUCUACAAAUCCUCAACCAGACCUGUUUAGACCUAUUAAUCCAAUGCAUACCCAACAUGCUUAUAAUCAACAACGUGGAGGUCUGAGAGGUUACUUUCAAGGUCCUGCACCUUCAUUAUAUGGAAAUCAAGAAUUCAAUUAUUUGAUGAAUACUGGCCCACAGAACCAACAGCGUGUUGAUACACAAGGACAAAGUACUCAUCAAUUUAGUGUUAAUCAAACUUCAAGAGCAACAUAUCCUUUACAUGGUGCUCAACAGCAACCACAGCAACAUCAACAACCGCAAGUCCAUCAACAACCAAAUCAACAGUCACAAAGACCUCAAAUACCAUCACCAUUGAAUGUUGCAGAUGGAAGUAAUGGUUCAACAGUUCAAAACCAAGCGGCUAGAAAGCUGCCAGAUCUUGCACCUAAGGUUAACAAUACACAAGGUAUCAAUCAAAGAAGAGUUUUGUCAAAUCCAGAUCAUUCUUUAGGCCAAACUGCUCAACAAUCAUCUUUAAAAGCUAGUUUGGAUGAUUAUCAACAGAAACAUGGUUUGAAUAGAGCUAAUACUAUUAAUACUCCUCCAAAUUACGGCCAUCCAGGUGCUCUACAAAAUGUUCAAAAACUGAGAGAAAAUUUGAAUAAUAGACCAAGUGUUUCAAAUUCAAAUGGUCCAGUAUCUAGACCUGAAUCCAGAGUUCAAGCUCAAACCAAUGAAUCAUCAAAUCAAGUACAAAAUUACCAAUCUCAUCAAACUGAUGAUUUAGCUAAGAAAGUUGACAGUGCACCAAUCUCCACAAGUCAAAAUCCAAGUUCAGAGCCUAAAACUCAACCUCAACAACAACCUCAACAACAUAGUCUUCAAUCUCAACCACAACCAGUUCAAGCUAACCAGCCUAAUGAACAACCUCAACCAGCUCAAUCAUCUCAACCAUCUGUACAACCUCAACAAAAAGAUCAACAACAGCAACAACAAUCAAACCCUCAGGAGACAAGGAAGUCACCACAAAUUAGAAGUUUAUUUGUUGACCCUGACGCUGAAAAGAUAGAAAGCUCAUCAUCUGCUACAAAAGUUAAUAGCGCUCCUUUACCUUCCGUUAAUAUACCAAGCUGGUCAAAUAACAGUCUGUUAAGAUCAAACAGUACAGCUUUCUCACCAUCUAGAUUUGCUCCACCACAAGACCAAGGUAUUAACUCUACUGGUAAUUCAAACCCAGCUUCAUCAAAUCCAUCAAAUAAAUCAAGUCCUCAUGUUGCAAAUGCCACACCAACUUUAUCUGGUAACCCAACUCCAACUCCACCACCUACAACCAGCGGGAUUUUGGGUAUAAGUGUUGAUACCAACAGUCUAUUUAAAAAGAAGGCUGAUAAUGUCAUUAAUAAUCAAUCAAAUCAAAUUUCAAAAUCACGUACUAUGCCUAAUGUUUUCCUUCCAUCAAAACGUCCAAUGUCUGGAGAGAAGAGAAAAGUUUCAAAUCAAAGUGCUCCAGAAAAUGUUAAAAGGUCACAACAACAAUCACCAACUAUUCAAAAACCAUCACAACAAUUACCACCAGUACAAGGAACAACAUUAAAUAACCCAUCAGCGCCUCAACCUAACAUCGCACCAAACCCAACUUCAUCUUUAGCACAAUCACAUGAACCUAAAUAUCCACAAUUGGCAAGAGUGAAUUCAACAGUAAUUGAUUUAACUAGUGAUGGUGAAGAUGACGAUGAUACACCUCUACUGAAAAGAAACAACUAUCUAAAUACUCCAGUGGUUGAUGAUGAUGAUAUACCAUUGCUGCGCAGAAAUGAUAGACCUCCAAAUAGGCCCAAUUAG